UUCUUACCUUCCCCUCUUGGCAGGUCCAACAUGCCAGCAUGCAGAUCACGGCCGAGAAUCAGUACAAGGGCAUCAUCGAUUGCGUGGUGCGGAUCCCCAAAGAGCAAGGGUUCCUCUCCUUUUGGCGGGGCAACCUGGCCAACGUCAUCCGCUACUUCCCCACGCAAGCCCUCAACUUCGCCUUCAAAGACAAGUACAAGCAGAUCUUCUUGGGCGGCGUUGACAAAAGAACCCAGUUCUGGCGCUACUUUGCCGGCAACUUGGCUUCCGGGGGCGCCGCCGGAGCCACGUCGCUCUGCUUUGUCUACCCUCUCGAUUUCGCCCGUACCCGGCUGGCGGCAGACGUGGGCAAAGCCGGGAUGGAACGUGAAUUCAACGGCCUCGGCGACUGCUUGGUGAAGAUCUUCAAGUCCGAUGGGCUUCGGGGGCUCUACCAAGGCUUCAACGUCUCUGUCCAAGGAAUCAUCAUCUACAGGGCAGCCUAUUUUGGCAUUUACGACACCGCCAAAGGAAUGCUUCCCGACCCCAAGAACACUCACAUCUUAAUCAGCUGGAUGAUCGCACAGUCGGUAACGGCUGUUGCAGGCCUGACCUCAUAUCCCUUCGACACCGUCCGGCGGAGAAUGAUGAUGCAAUCUGGUCGCAAAGGAGCUGACAUCAUGUAUUCUGGAACAAUUGAUUGCUGGCGGAAGAUUGCCCGGGACGAAGGCGGCAAAGCAUUUUUUAAGGGCGCGUGGUCCAACGUCCUCAGGGGAAUGGGCGGUGCUUUCGUCUUAGUCUUGUACGACGAAAUCAAGAAAUAUACAUAAGCUGGAACGCCCCCAUCCCCACCCCUUCCCACUCCUUAGACGACCCUUCCCACGUAAUAUUCCAUGGACUUGCAUCUAAAACUAUUUAUCGUUUCCCUCCCGGGUUGGCGUCUCUUUACUUGACGGAGAGGCCCUGAUUUUUUUCCUGCCUGAUCCCCGUUCUCAAGUCAUUCCUUCGACGAUGGGACUCAAACUUUAUUUUUAUUCAGUCACUCCUGUUAAAAUAAGUUUGAGAAAUAAAAUGGAAGAAGGAAAAAAAAAACAACCCCGGCACCCAAA